AGACUACACAAGAUUAUCAUGAAGUACGUCGUUGUUUCUGGUGGAGUUAUUUCAGGUAUUGGAAAAGGUGUUUUAGCAUCCUCCACUGGUAUGCUGCUCAAAACUCUUGGCUUAAGAGUCACCUCUAUCAAAAUUGACCCAUACCUAAACAUCGACGCAGGAACUAUGUCUCCUCUAGAGCACGGGGAGUGCUUUGUUCUGGACGAUGGUGGAGAAGUGGAUCUUGAUUUGGGAAACUAUGAAAGAUACCUGGGUAUUUCUCUCACUAAAGACCACAAUAUCACCACAGGCAAGAUUUACUCUGCUGUGAUUCAAAAGGAGAGAAAAGGAGACUACUUGGGUAAAACUGUUCAAGUUGUUCCUCAUAUCACUAAUGCCAUCCAGGACUGGAUUGAGCGUGUUGCCAGAAUUCCUGUUGACCCCUCUGGAAUGGAACCAGAUGUCUGUAUCAUUGAAUUGGGUGGAACUGUUGGUGAUAUUGAGUCUGCUCCCUUUGUUGAAGCCCUGAGACAAUUCCAGUUCAGAGUUGGACAUGAAAACUUUGCGCUAAUUCACGUGUCACUUGUCCCAGUGAUUCAUGGCGAGCAAAAGACGAAGCCUACCCAAGCUGCAAUCAAAGAUCUGAGAUCUCUUGGCCUUUCUCCAGAUAUGAUUGGUUGCAGAUGUUCUUCCAAAUUGGAAAAGCCCACGAUCGACAAGAUCGCGAUGUUCUGCCAUGUUGGUGCUGAGCAAGUUCUUGCCAUUCACGACGUGAACUCCACCUAUCAUGUUCCGCUCAUUUUGAAAGAACAAAAAAUGAUCAACUAUCUAACCAAGAGAUUAGAACUUCACAAAAUGAACAUUCCAUCCUUGAUGGUUGCCAAAGGUGAGGAGUUAUACAAGAACUGGGUUGCGUUGACAACACAGCACGAUAGAUCUUACGAGAAAGUCACCAUUGCAAUUGUCGGAAAGUACACUAAUUUACAUGACUCGUAUUUAUCUGUGAUCAAGUCGCUCGAGCACAGUGCAAUGAGAUGUUCCAAGAAACUGGAAAUCGUCUGGGUGGAGUCGGCAAACUUGGAACCCGAAACCGAAUUGGUGAAUAAGGCUGACUUCCAUUCUGCGUGGCAGCUGGUUUGUAAAGCUGAUGGUAUUUUGGUUCCUGGCGGUUUUGGUACUAGAGGUGUUGAGGGAAUGAUUGCUGCUGCUAAAUGGGCGAGAGAGAACAAUAUUCCAUAUCUGGGUGUCUGUCUUGGACUGCAAGUGGCUGUUAUUGAGUUCAUCAGAAAUGUUUUGCAUGUCGAAGGUGCAACCAGUGCUGAAUUUGUUCCGGAGAUUGCUGAUGAACAAGCAGCUGUUGUUUAUAUGCCUGAGAUUGACAAGGAGAACAUGGGAGGUACCAUGAGAUUGGGCCUUAGACCAACGUGUUUCGAUUCCACGGCUGAUUCUUCUAUCAUCAAAAGGCUCUAUGGUGGUGCAGAAUCUGUCUUGGAAAGACACAGACACAGAUACGAAAUUAAUCCAGCCAUGGUGGAAGCUAUUGAGAAACACGGGAUGAAAUUUGUCGGAAAAGAUGAAAAGAGGGAGAGAAUGGAGAUUUUGGAGCUUGUGAAUCAUCCAUUUUUCGUUGCUACUCAGUACCACCCAGAAUACAUUUCCAAGGUUUUGGACCCAUCCCGUCCAUUUUUGGGGCUGGUUGCUGCCGCUUCUGGCAUGUUGGAUGAAAUCUUGGAACAAGAUCUGAGAAAGUCGGCUAACGAUUUUUGAAGGUUGCUCGCAAAUGAUUUUUGUUUAAUAUGUACGUAAAUUCGUGGAGCAUGUGCAUGUACCUCACUAAUACUAAUAGAAUACAUGGGGCAAGGGUCCACAUCGCAAAAAUCUCGCCUGAAUCUGAUACACCUGGCUAAAGCUGUGAUCAUUUGGACAAUGAUUAUCAGAGUGAGGCAAAGUUUGAGGCACAAAGGCACCAAAAUAAUCUCUUCAUUCUGCUGAAAGGAUAAUAAUCGUGACCGUAUACGACUGAAGUUGUCCCUCUGACUCGCCCUUCAGUGCCAAUGCCGAAACUGAUAAGCACUGACCUCCGAAUCAUUUUUGGAAAAAACAAGCAGAUUAUAACCUAUACUGUGCAAGCUUCGUAGAUUCUUGAAAAGGAAUGUCUCUCGUAUGCUGGGUCAUUCCAGAUUUCUAGAUAUUUGAGCAAAAAAAGAAGGAACCAAAGGUUUCGUACUUCCUAACCGCAAUGACUUGUUUCUCGAAUGAAGGCCUAAUCAAACUUUAACAGUUUCAAGUCUUGUUCUGGACAUCAACAAUCACUAUCACCGACGAAUGGUAAUCACUGAUAAGGAUGGAGUUAAUGCUAGUACUGCCCAUGAGUUUGUUUGGGGCUACUCGAAGAAUCAGGUUAUAGAUUCUCCUUUGACAUUCUCCGUAUGCUUCAAAACGCUAUCAACUCUUUCUCAAAUGCGUAAGGUCAUGAGUUUCAUUGAAAGAAAUUUGUUCAUCUUGAGGAAAUCCGCAACGAUUGGGGCUGUUGGAGCGCGAUAUUUCGUCAUAGUCUUUAGCACAAACGCUAUUUUACCCAGUUUGGUCACAUACAGAAUUUGCUGUAUAUUAUUACUUUAAAAACGUCUGAGAGUUAGUCUCUAGCAGAAAACUUGAGAACCGCCCAUAAGAAACCACUGCAAAACACCGGGAUGGUGAAGUUGUCGUCCCAAUUAAAUAUGGUAAGAGCUUCGCUGACCGAUGCAAUCAAUCCGCAUAAAAAUGAAAGGGUGUGCAGGCUCAGAUAGCUCUUUGAAGGUUCCCACGCGAACUCGGAAUAAAAGUUGACCUCAGGGUAUGCUGGUACGAAAUAUCCGUAGAACAAGUACGACGAUGCGACACCUGUAAUGAAUGCUGCAAUUGAUCCGGCAAGGGAUUUAGACUUAGUGAUUUUAGGUGUCAAGUGACCGCACAUGCGUCCGAAAGUAGAGGCAGCAGUGUCUGACCAACUUAGCAGCAGAACUGCCAUGACAGCGAUAUCCUUCUUUUGCGUCAGGAAGACCAGGCACAACCCAAGUAGAUACCACAAGGUGCCAUUGUAAGUAUUGAUUUCCUUAUCUCUCAUCAAAAAGCCGACUGCACUGCAGUAUAGUCUGUUGAAUGUUUGUGAUCUAAACCGAAAAAGAUCCAGUGUUAGCACUGACAGAAAUCCCGUCACUAGGGGUUUGAUCAACAUUGGAGUCUGAACAUUGAUGGUGUAUAAAUAGAGUGUAAUGAAUCCGAUGGAGACGUGAAAUAAUUUGCGCGGCACCUCGUGUUUGUGUAUGAGGUUCUUGAAACGUUUGUGAGUUUCCAAUAGUAUGUCUGCGGUGCUUUGGUACUGCGAAUCCUGCCCCGGAUAGAACUGUUUGAUAGGUUUCUUAUCCAUAUUCUCAAAAUCCGAAGAUAUAGAAGAAAGAUCUCCCGGGUUUGUGUCACUUACUUCGGACUCUAGUUCCGUAUCACCUUCUUCUUCAUCAAAAGUUUCUGAUGCUCCAUUUGAUGUGUAGUCUGGGUCAUCUUCUUCAUUGUAAGAGCUAUCUACCUGAUCCACAACAACGGAAGGCACGGCUCUUUCAUUUGCCGAUUUAACCAUUAUUUAUAAAUUAAGCCCUAUAUUGCUGUUGUCAACGUGUGAUGACAAAUGUACCGUCGCCUGUAAGUCGAAUUAAUUAAAUAGACUGUGG